AAAAAAAAAAAAAAAAAACUUGUCAUAUGCAUAUUCUACCGAUUCUUUUCGUUGCGUGUUGGAUGGUUAUUGUUCAAGCCUAUGUCAUUCAUCCCAAGAGAAGCAACAAAGCAAUAGACAAAACAAAGGAAAUCACAUCAAAAACUAGUGAAGCUCAAUCCAAGGUAGACCCAAACAACAGUAAUACACUUCCUUCUAUACCAUCAAUCCCUCCGCUCCCCAACUUUCCUUCUCUGCCUUCUACAGAUGCAAAUUCACUUCAAUUAAGUCAGUUAUCUACAAGCGUUAUGUCUCAAGUAUCUCAAGUUUCUAAAUUGCCCCCUGUUCCUGCUUUACCAACACUUCCUCAAUUACCAUCCAUUCCACAACUUCCAGCUGUUGGUGCAGCACCAGCACCGGCCACAGCCGCAGCAGGCGGAAGUGCAGUAGGUGGAGGUAAAGAAGAAGCUUAAUAUCCUUUAUAAUAUCAAUAUAUAUAUAUAUAUAUAUUUGUCUAAUAAGUAACCACACUUUGUUAAAAAAAAUAAAGCAUUAAACAAGCAAAAAUCAAAUCCUAGAAAUUAAGCAGAGCAUGAG